AUGCAUGUAACGGUACACGCUCGCACACCCUGUGUGUGUUUUCAGAGAGGUCCGCCAGGAGAGCGAGGCCCCCCGGGCCCCCCGGGGCCGCCGGGGAUGCCAGGAUCCGACGGCAUCGACGGUGACAAGGGGCCCCCUGGGAAAGCUGGCCCUCCGGGACCUAAGGGAGAGCCUGGCAAAGCGGGGCCGGACGGGCCGGAUGGGAAGCCCGGGAUUGACGGUCUCACUGGAGCCAAGGGGGAACCUGGCCCCGUUGGCAUCCCUGGAGUCAAGGGCCAGCCCGGGCUCCCAGGUCCGCCUGGCCUGCCGGGCCCUGGAUUCGCUGGACCUCCUGGACCACCUGGACCUGUUGGCCUCCCUGGUGAGAUUGGAAUCACCGGCCCCAAGGGGGAUUCUGGACCAGAGGGACCAUCAGGGCCCCCGGGGCCCCCUGGGAAACCGGGCCGCCCCGGAACCAUCCAGGGCCUGGAAGGCAGCGCGGAUUUCCUGUGUCCAACCAACUGUCCAGCGGGUGUGAAAGGCCCCCAGGGGCUGCAGGGAGUGAAGGGGCAUCCUGGGAAACGCGGGGUUCUGGGAGAUCCCGGCCGCCUUGGGAAGCCGGGUCCCAAAGGAGAUGUGGGUGCUUCCGGAGAGCAAGGCAUCCCUGGACCACCGGGUCCCCAGGGUGCCAGGGGCUACCCAGGCCUGGCGGGGCCCAAAGGAGAGACGGGUCCUCGUGGGUACAAAGGCAUGGUGGGCUCUGUUGGCACCGCUGGGUCUCCGGGUGAGGAAGGUCCGCGAGGGCCACCAGGCCGAGCUGGGGAGAAAGGCGACGUGGGAAGUCAAGGUGUUCGAGGACCCCAGGGAAUAACAGGCCCAAAGGGAGCAGCUGGUCCCCCAGGCAUUGACGGCAAGGACGGGACCCCAGGCACACCUGGCAUGAAGGGCAGUGCAGGACUGGCGGGGCGGCCAGGAAACCCAGGCCACCAGGGCCCAGCGGGUGUGCCAGGCCAGCCCGGGACCAAAGGAGGCCCAGGAGACAAGGGUGAGCCAGGCCAGCAGGGCCUCCCUGGAUUCUCUGGUCCCCCUGGGAAGGAGGGAGAGCCCGGGCCUCGAGGAGAAAUCGGUCCCCAGGGCAUCAUGGGGCAGAAGGGUGACCAGGGUGAGAGGGGGCCCGUGGGGCUGCCAGGCCCUCAAGGACGGCAGGGCCCCAAGGGGGAGCAGGGGCCUCCGGGAAUUCCAGGACCGCAAGGCCUGCCCGGCAUCAAGGGAGACAAGGGCUCCCCAGGGAAGACCGGACCCCGCGGCGGAGUGGUGAGUACCAGCGCCCCCUCUUCUGGGGCUUGGGGGGCGCCCCCACGUCCGGAGGUUGGGGGUGGGUGGUGGCGUGGAAACCGCGGCGUGCCCGGGCUGCCCGGGAGACAGGGCGUGGCGGGCCGAGAUGCCAGCGACCAGCACAUCGUGGACGUGGUGCUGAAGAUGCUGCAAGAGCAACUGGCAGAGGUGGCUGUGAGUGCCAAGAGGGAAGCCCUGGGUGCAACCGGCAUGAUGGGUCUUCCAGGACCCCCUGGGCCUCCUGGUUACCCAGGCAAACAGGGACCUCAUGGGCAUCCUGGCCCUCGGGGCGUUCCUGGCAUCGUGGGAGCCGUGGGUCAGAUUGGCAACACAGGGCCCAAGGGAAAACGAGGAGAGAAGGGUGACCGGGGGGACGUGGGCCGUGGGCACCCCGGGAUGCCUGGGCCCCCGGGGAUCCCAGGACUCCCUGGCCGGCCUGGCCAGGCAAUCAAUGGCAAAGAUGGAGACCGAGGGUCCCCAGGAGCCCCGGGAGAGGCAGGCCGGCCUGGCCUGCCAGGCCCUGUGGGGCUGCCAGGGUUCUGUGAGCCUGCAGCCUGCCUUGGAGCCUCAGCCUACGCCUCUGCACGCCUCACAGAGCCUGGAUCCAUCAAGGGCCCAUGAGCAGCAGGCCAGGACAGAGCCCAGCAGGCAUCCUGGGGGGAAGAAUAGGUCCCCUCUGGAUAGACAUGCAACCCAUCCCUCAGCCCAGGAAACUAGCCUUCCUAGGACCUCUCUCUGGGACCCAGGAAGGAGUCUUGAGGAAAAGAAAAUUCUAAAACAUGAGGGAAGGGGAGGGCAUUGGAGUGAAAAGGUGAGGCCAAAGGACAGGGCAAGUGUCCCUGGAGAGUCCAAGCUCCACAGAGGAUGGGGUGGCUUCCCUUCCUGGAGCAUAAUUCAGAUGUUACCAAAACAAGCAGCUCCUUAAUUUGCGCCAUCCUCCACUGGCCAUCUUGUCCCUGGGGCAGGUGAACUGAGGUCUCCGCUGGUUCCUGACCCAUUUUAUCCCCUGGGCUUCCUGGGUGACUGCCGAUAGGUGGCCAUCCUUAAGCCAUCCCUACUCAUUCCUCCCUGCCUCCCUCCUGAGUAUUUAAACACCCCCUCCCUUCUUUCUGGCAUCACCGUCUCCCAUCCUCCCUCCCCUCGAUCCAUACCGGCCCUUCUGUAAAUAAAAGCCCACAACUUGGGUACAAACCAGGAUGUGAGUUGUUGGGCUUAAUUUCUCAUGGAUUGGGGCUGGGCCACCGCUGCCUGGGCAGGAUGGGCAGGGGCUCCACUCCAGAAAGGGAGGGCAGAGGGUGGGGUUCCUUCACCUGGGCACAUCCCGAAUUGUGAGCGUUAGGAUGGCACCCCAUGCUUGAGGGACAUCUGAUGGAAGAACCUGGGGAUGGUCAGGACGGUGACCUGCUGUGUAAUUUUGAGCAAAUCCCUUCCCAGCCUUUGUACAGCUGGGACAAGGACUCAGCCAGGUGUUAUUGGUCCCAGGAGAGCAGCGGUUUUCAGCUGGUGUGCUGUAAGAAUGUUUAAAACAUGCAAUACCUGGCUACUUAGUUCAGGGGCACUACCUCUUUUCCUUUAGAUUGUCAAAUUAAAAAAUGACAACAGCCAAC